UCUAUCUUGGUGCGUUCUGUUCUUUAUAGUUAACAAUGAACUGAUUAUUGUUAGAGCUAAUCUUUCCUCGUGCUGUUGGCUGUUUUUCUGCGCUAUUCAGAAAGAGAGGACUAAAGACAGAUUAAGAUGGGAUUUGCCUCUGACGUCUUAAUUGCUGGAGGCUCCACCUGCUCAGUAAGAAUGAGCAUCCUUUUAAGUCUUUUGCCUGUGGUCAUCAUUGUCUUAGGGGCAAAACACCUUUAUGACUGCCCAAAGCAGCCAAUGGUUCCUAUUUACCUGCUGGUGGGAGGAGUGGCCUGUCUGUGUCUACAGACAUUCCCUAUCUUUUAUUGUAGACAAUCAGAUGGCAAGGUCAUUCUAAUAUGCAGAAUUCUCAAUUUUCUGCUCCUCGUUUUUUGUCCUAUCUGGUUCAUCACAGGUAGUGUUUUUGUAUACACAGCAUAUCGACCAAACUACGAGUCCCGUUGGUCUGCAGAGUAUUGUGAGAGGAUACUCUAUGAGGUUGCCUUCUGGAUUACAAACGCCAUAUAUGUUAUGAUACCACUACUGCUGCUGUGCCAGUGCUACAAAACAUGGUGUGAAAACAGAGUUCCAAAGAAAUGCUGUAUAAACACAGUAUCCUGAGAAUGAUGUGAGAUGAAACUGAAAAUGAAAAUGAUUACGCACAACUGCAGAUUAAGAUUUAAGAGCAAUAUCUUCCUGACUGAAGUAAAAUAACCCUGA